CAUGGAGACGCAGCUACAAGUUACCGCUCCGCUUUCGGCCACGGUGAGACCUCGGAGAACGGUGGCCGUAGAGGGUUCGUCGGCCACCUUCAACUGCAGCACAUCCGGUCACCCUGUGUCCGCCGUGCUCUGGCUCAAGAACGGCCAAGCUGUGUCGUCCAGGGUGAAGAUGCUCACGCGGGAGACGCUGCACAUCGCCAGCGUCCUGAGGGACGACAAGGGGAUGUACCAGUGCUUCGCGCUCAACGACUACGACGCCGCGCAGGCCACGGCAGAACUCACCCUCGGAGAUGAUCCGCCGGUGCUGACCUUCCGGUUCGCGGAGCAGACGACGGACCCGGGCACGCCCGUGUCCCUCAAGUGUGCCGCGACGGGCACGCCACUUCCCCAGAUCACGUGGUCGCUGGACGGUAGUCCCGUGGUGGAGAACCUCCGGCUGCGCAUCGGCGACUUCGUCACCAACGACGGCUUCGUCAACUCGUUCGUGAACAUCACGUCGGCCACGACGGAGGACGGCGGCCGCUACGAGUGCCACGUGAGCAACGACGUGGAGAGCGUGGUGCACGGCGCCAGGCUGAACGUGAGGGGCCCGCCGUUCGUCAGGGCCAUGAGCAACGUGUCCGUGCUCGCCGGGGCCACGCUGGUCGUCAGCUGCCCGGCGGCGGGGCACCCCAUCAGCCAGAUACUCUGGUACAAAGGAGACGCCAAGCUUCCGCAGAGCAAGCGGCAGAGCGUCUUCCCGAACGGCACCCUGAGCGUGCUCAAGGUGGAGCGGAGCGGAGACGAGGGCUCGUACCGCUGCGUGGCCAACGGACCCCGGGGGGACUCGGCGUCGGGGGAACUCUUCGUCAACGUCCUCGUGGCCCCCGUCGUCGGUCCCUUCUCGUUCCCGGCCAACCUGAAGGAAGGCAUGCGCGCCAUCGUGACCUGCUCGGUGCUCGAGGGAGACAGCCCGGUCCGCAUCCGCUGGCUCAAGGACCGCGGCCCCUUGGCGCCCAACGGCGCUGACGUCAAGGUCGAGUCAAGCAACGAGUUCUCGUCCACCCUCUUCAUCAAGCAGGUGAACUACAAAAACCGAGGGGAGUACACCUGCGUGGCGUCCAACAGCGCGGCAUCUGCCAACUACACGGCUAACAUGGUGGUCAACGUGCCACCAAGAUGGAAAGUUGCUCCGAAGGAGAAGUCGGCGGUCGUCGGAGAAAACGUGGUGGUGGACUGCCAAGCCGAAGGUUUCCCGCCUCCACGAAUCUGGUGGGAGAAGUCGUCAGGGUCGAGGCCGUCUGAGUAUAAGGUGAUCAUCAGCAACUCCCAUAUUCACGCCCUCGAAAACGGCUCCCUAAUGGUGCGUGAAGCGGAGCGUAACGACACGGGCUUCUAUUUGUGCCAAGCGAGCAACGGCGUGGGUUCGGGCAUCAGCAAAGUCAUCGAACUGAAAGUUCAUGUGUCGGCUCACUUCAAGAAUGCUUUCAACUCGAAGACACUUCGAAAAGGAGACACGGCGCACAUCAAAUGUGAAGUUGUCGGAGAGAAACCCCUGACCAUCGCGUGGAGCAAAAAUGGUCAACCGUUUUCGUCGACAAUCGAUCAAAGGUACGACAUCAAGUCGACAGAGUCCGAGGAAAGCCUGCUGUCUCAGCUCGAGAUCCACGCUGUGGACAGGAGGGACUCGGCGCUCUUCUCUUGUCUCGGGACCAACAAGUACGGCCAAGACGAAACGAGAACUCAGCUCAUUGUUCAAGAACCUCCGGGAGCGCCGUUCAACGUCCGGACGUCGGGAAUCACCAGCCGGUCCAUGUCCGUCUCCUGGGAUCAGCCGUACACCGGAAACAGCCCCAUCUCGGCGUACAAAGUACAAGUCAAAACGUCCAAUGUUAAGUGGAAAGAAGAUAUCCAAGAAAACGUGGUACAAGGAACGCUUACGACGUUAGCGCUGCGAGGACUUCGACCCGUGACAACCUACAUCGUUCGCAUCCGGGCCGAAAAUAGCCUGGGUCCCGGCGAGUUUAGCCAAGAGAUUCAGGUCACGACCGACGAAGAGGCACCCGAGGGCCCACCAUUGAAUGUUCAGGCAACUGCCGUGUCAUCAUCUUCUGUCAAAGUCACUUGGCUGGCCCCGAAGAGAGACCAGCAGAACGGGCUGCUCAAGGGCUACUAUGUGGGCUACCGGCAGCAUGGCUCGUCGGACUCGUACACCUACAAGACGCUCGAGAUCGCGGGCAACUUCAAGGAGGAAGCCCUGCUCACGUCCCUCGCGCGCUCCACCAAGUACACGGUGCUCGUGCAGGCCUUCAACGACAAGGGCUCCGGCCCGCCGUCUGAGGAAAUCAGCCUGGAAACCUUCGAAAGCGAUCCCCCUCCAGCGCCUUCGCUUAGCGUGUUCACGACCAGCUCCUCGUCGGUGCAGCUUCAAUGGAACCCAAAGACAAAGGAGUCCACGCCCAUUUUAGGCUACUACAUCUACAUCAAGGAACAGUUCGGCACGUGGGAGGAGCACCAGAUAUCGGCGCACCAGACGAGCCACACGUUCCAGGACCUGCAGUGCGGAUCCAGCUACCAGUUCUACGUGGCCUCGUACAACAAGAUGGGCAAAGGGGAGCCGAGUGAGGUCAUCUCUGUCAAGACGCAAGGCUCGGCCCCCGUGCCACCGAAGCGGGACGCCCUGGUGUCGGUGAAUGCCACCCGCCUUUCGGUGCACCUGAACAGCUGGAGUGCGGCGGGCUGCCCGAUCAAGUCGUUCCUGAUCCAGUACCGGUUGCACGACGAGGCCGACUGGGUGCUCGUCUCGAACGCUGUGCCGCCCGAUCAGAAGGUGGUCGUGGUCGAAGACCUGGCCCCCGGCAAGUGGUACAUCCUCCAGGUGACGGCGCACAGCGAGGCCGGCUCCACCGAGCAGGAAUUCACCUUCAGCACUCUCACGCGCACCGGAGCCGCCAUUCCUCCUCUGAACAGCUUGGAAGGCCAAAAGCCUGCUUUCUACCGGAGCAUGGGCAUCCUGGUCCCUUUGGUGUGCGUGGUGGCCAUCCUAGUUCCCAUCGUGGCCAUCAUGUCCUUCAUCGUGUCCAGGAGGCGGCGCCAGGCUGCCCCCAACCACUUCAGAGACUCCUGCUCCGAGGACAAGAACCUGGAGGCGAUGAGCUUGUCCAUCGUCAAGCAGACCGGCAGCGGCCUGGAGAGCGCCAGCCCGAGCAAAGACCAGAUCUACUACCCGUCGCCCUACGCCCUCGGAGGCCGGGAACCCGUGCUGCACCGCCAGGGACCCUCGGAAUCGGACUCCGUGCACACCCUCAAGAGGAACCGGAGGGAGCACAUCUACGAAGUGCCCUACCCCAGAUGGAGCGAAGAGGAGGGUCCUUACUCCCACAUCACAGGCAGCGCCAUCUCUCCGACAGCCAACAUCUACCAGACGCCCCGGAAAUCAGGCUUGGGGCCAAAGGUGAACUCCGGCCCCAAUACGCCUAUAGACGGGCGGAGGCUGUCGCGAGAAGGACACAGCCACAGAACGGGAUACCGGUCUUCCACUCUGGCUUCCGACGGGCACUCCGCAGAUGACAGUGACAGCGAAGAAGCGGCGUACGUAUUUCAGAGGAACGGCAACGGGAGCUACGCAGAACACCAGGAAAUGUCUGAAGCGGAAUGUGAUAGGGACCAGCACACGAGAGCUGCCAAGCGUCUGGAAGCCCUCGGAAUUCACAUGAGUCCGGGAUACAGCAUAACCUGAGACCUACUAACCUCCCGGGACCUUAACCAAGCGAGGGAGACCUGCGUUUGACAGUGACCAACCGUCUAACACCGAGAGCAGCUUUUUCCGUAACCGACGCCGCCUCCGAGAGUGCCGUGUACAAGACAGAAUGCGUGCACGCCGAGACCCAGCACAGUGUGCCUCAGAAACUCUGAAACAAGGAACGGACUACAUUCCCGGGGAUGUGCAUCGACCAGGGUGUGCGAGAGGUGGUUAAGGACGCAGGAACUUCCUGCGCUAGGAGAAGCACGACAACCAAAUUUUUCCAUUAAAAUCCACAGGAAAGGCGCUAUGCGAAGAGCAAGUCGGCUGCAUCUUGCGCAGUAGUUGCAACGGCGUCAGAACGGCGCCGAGCUCUGAUUGGGUAUGGUUGAAGGACAGU